AUGGAUACAGCACGUUUUCUGGGGAUUGGUCUACAAGCCAUGGAAAAGGCUGAUCCAGAAGAAAACGCGCGAAAGUCGAAUGCGGGUCAUUCUUUGGGUCCUUCCAUCGUCGGGUCUAGCUUCGGUGACAACAACAAGCUCCAUCUCGGUGACAUCAACUAUCACUGCCCAACCAGCUUGCGUGAUCUGAAUCAACUGACGGAUAGACUCACCCUCCAGACAAGCGACUCCUUCCUCUCUCACGUUUCGGCCAUCCACCCACAGAACCAACGAUCGUUGAUCAAAACUACAAACUCGAAUUGGUACUCGGAGGCAUUCGUCGAAUUUUUUGUCGAAAACAAAGAGUUCAAAACAUGGCUGGCUGGUGGUUCUGGUCAAUUGCUGUGGGUGCGAGAUGAAACUGGGUCUGGAUACCUACUGCUGGCCGCUAAGAUGCUAGACGCAUUCGAGUCCAACGCAUCAUUUCAAGGCUUCGUCGUCUCCCACUUCUUUUGCGAGGAGACACAACCGAAGACUGCCACCGACGUUCUCGCUGGGCUAGUUUAUGGCUUGUUGAUCAAUCCCCGCUGUGAAGAAUCUGUCCUGCCGCAUGUUCAACGGUUGUUUUCCCGAAGGAUCAAGAACAUCCAAACAGAAAAGUCUCGGUUCGCCGUAUUGGGGGACAUGCUCAUCGAAUCAAUCAGUAAAAUCCAUCAGGUCAUGCCAAUGCAACAGCUUGUCAUGCUCAUUGCUGGCUCGGAGCAUUGUGUAAACGACGCAUUUGGCAACGGCAUAUCGAGCUUGCUGGACCUCGCGAGUUCGAUUGCGAAAAGCCAUCCGAACAUCAAAUGGAUAGUCAACAGCCGAUUGGCCGCCGCAACCCAAGGUGGGCUUCAAGAAUCCGGUAUAGGACUAAGGACGCUUGCCAUAAGCCCUGUCUCCACCGCCAUGGCGCUUGGCCUCGCAGAAAUACUUCCCAAAGUUAUUGAGACUGGUCGAAAACUCUGCAGGAUCCAUCAGGGCUUCAGCAAGUCUCAAAAAUCUGCAGAUGACGUUUCAUGGUUCAGUCACUGUUCUGCGGCGAUAUUGUGGUUGAAACCUCGCGGGUUGGUUUCGAGGCAGGAGUCUCGUCUGCUAUGGUACCGACGGGGCUCAGUGUCGGCAACGAUCGCGACACCAAGCUUCCUAGGUGUUCACAUUGCGUCUGACAAGUUUUUGUUUGGUGGCCGAGUCUUUCCCAAAGUCUACUUCUCCUUCGCUUCCCUGUUUCCGUCUGGAUCAACUGGACCGCCUACGACUGAGCCACAUGAUCUGCUCGCAAAAGCUCUCUGGGGCAUUGUUACCCAACUCAUUGUUUCGGUAUGCGGAUCAGAGUCCGCAAUAGCCGCAUUUCUCUCUUCGCUUUCUUACAAGUCUCGGAGAGAGCUGAUACAAACAUUUUGUCUGACUUUUGGUCCCGAAUCAUUGACACCACGGGCCUCGCCUACAUUGCAUCCUCAAAACGCCGAAGCGAGCACUUGGGAAGGAGACAAUGCCAAUGACUGGCUUAAAAAGGCUGAGACUCUUUCUAAACGGCACCUCCCUAUGCUUAGUAACUUGAUGGAGUCUGUUCUUCAAGUCAUCUACGAUCGCAACGACAACGCAAUCCUUGUGCUCGAUUCCGUGGAGCUCCUCCAGCCAUCAGAUUUCCGACCACUUAUCCAGCUACUCCGAAAUCUCGGCCAUGGUCUUAGAAUACUGAUUUGUGUCAAAACCAUAUCAGAACCUACCAAUGAUACGAACGGGGACUGGGAUUCAUCUUCGGAUGACUGGGUUGAUGAGUUAACAGAAUACAGAGAGUGUCUUAGAAGCCUCCAAUUUAAAAGCAUGCAUCAGCGACGGUAUCAGAUUGUCGAUUCCCUAGCAGACACGAAUCAGUGGUUGUGGGUCAACGAUGAGUACAUGAAGUGGCGGCAUGACGGUGGUCUUCUUUGGAUAUCUGGCAAGGCAGGAAGUGGAAAGUCUGUUCUUGCCAAGACAAUCUUACAGCGCCUUCGCCAUGAUACCACAGGGAGCCUAGAUGCCAAACCUUGGUCGGUGUGUGGAUGGUUUUAUUCAGCUAGAGGCAUUCCUGGUGGAACGCAGCACGACUCGAUGCUCCGGACUUUGAUUUUCGAGCUGAUUGCGAACAAUAUGGAAGCCUUCGAUGCCAUGAAAGCCAUCUACCGAAAGUUGGUCGUGGAAUGCGACGGUUUGGUCACCUGGCCUCUGGAUAUUCUGCCAAAUGUCCUCUUGCUACUCUCUGGUUCGUCUUCAAUACCAAAUACGGUAGCAGUCAUCGACGCUUUCGACGAAUCGGAAAAUGACAGCAAUCAUCAAGAUGCAAGAGCGAACAUUACAUCGGUAUUCCGUCAACUUGUGGACUUGUCUUCAGGGCGAAUGCGGAUGAUCUUCCUCAGUAGGCCAGAAGUUGACAUCGCAAAGGGGUUCCGGAAUUUCCAUCACAUUUCUGUUCAGGCCAACAAUCAAGGGGAUAUCUCCAAGAUUGUAGAUAAUGGCAUCUUCAAUAUACAAUCAGCUUGGAGCAAAAUCAUGGCAAACCCGGACUGGAGCAGCUACAACGCCGACCAACCUCCAACAGCUUCCCACAGGGCUCCAGAUCCAAUUGUCCUCCCAUCAGAAGUCGAGGUCGAAAUUGAGAACAUGAGGAAGUACUUGGUUCUGAAAGCUUCGGGGGUCACCCUUUGGGUGGUUCUCGUUCUCAAAGACCUUUACAUGCAUCUUCAAAGCGAAGACUGCUUUACAAUCUCUGACCUCAGGGCGGCCCUCGAAUCUCUGCCGGUGGACUUGGAGGAACUGUACCUUCACUUUCGCUCGAUGCAGCAGUCUCAGAUAUCCAAGAACCCAAAGCGCCCAUCUUACAGCAAGUCAAUGCUGACGUGGAUCGUUGGAUCACAACGAUGGGCACCUUUGCAGCUCGACGAGCUUCGGGAGGCGAUUGCAAUCCUGGAUCAAGGCCUCUGGUCAAGUGGCACCAAACUUGAUGUUUCGAGGGAAGGUAUUGCCAACAAAAGGAUCCAAAUUGGGAACAAUUGGGAACGUUUUUGUCGUCUUGUCUACCAGCAAUGCGGUCCUCUUGUAGAAAUCCACCGCGCAGAUGACCGUUCGACAUCAGUCCGUGCCUGUGGCAAAGCCGCCUACCUUGGCGCUUCUACUAUAGAGCUCGCACACGAAACGGUGAAGAAGUUCUUCAGAGAUCAAGAGAAGAGCGGACAUCUCUCUAUCGAUCCGGAGGCCGCUGAGAUGGCGGUCGUCACAACGUCAUACUCAUACUUGGGGGUUCCUCAUCAAGCACAGAGAACACCCUCAGGCGUCGAAUUGAACACUCAAGUCAAAACAGACAUCUUGGAAAUUCUACUUGCUUCCAUAUCGAAAACUUUUGGGUUUCAACCUCAAUGUCCGGCUCUUGUAGAGUUCUUUCGUGCUCGCCCGCUCGCUCGCUUUGCAUUACAAGUCAUUUAUCGAGCGAGCUCGGCAACCUCUCUCUCGCGUGCCGUAAGGGAGCUCGAUGAGGGGGCUUUGGCAGCUCAAGAUCGUUUCAUCACCCACUGGGUCGCAGAUCUAUGCUUCACUCCGACCACCCCGGAUACCAAUAUAAGGCACUUCGUUAAUCACUGCUGCUUGCAUGGUCGAUGCGACCUCCUCGAAUACACCAGUUGCUUGACAGAAAGGGAGUACACUGGAUUGCACCAGAGCCCAUACGGAAGGGCCCAUCGGUUGCGCAAACAUCGGCGCAACGAAAUUGUUGGUGGGGCCAUCGAAGCUUUGAGCGAAAUCUCAACAGAACACUGGAGUUGCUUUCGAUCCGUGGCGGAGAGAUUGCGUGAAGAAGUCGUCCGCAUCGCUGGAAGCGAUACGUCUAUCAUCGAAACGGACAGUCAAUUUUUACUUACUUUGGGCCCGAGAGAUGCUCUCAGGACUCUGCCUGUCAUUGCCCCGAUCCAUUUCACACAGUUCGACUUCUCAAUGGUACACAAAAAAGGGUAG